AUGGGACUGGAGGAUUGGGAGAGCGAGCAGUCGAUUCUCCGAUGGAUCAUGGGUGACGCGGAGGACCCAGCAAUGGGGCUUAACAAGCUGCUCCAGACAGGCGCCGGGCCUCCAGCGGACUUCGGUUUUCACGGAGCCAUGGAUCCGGUCGGGUUAGACCCAGUUGCUGAAACCGUGAGUUAUUCAAUACCCACUUCAGGGUUUCCUCAGAACCCCCACAAAUUCAACAAUAAUCCUCCAAAUCCUAUGUUCCUUCAAUUGGCCGACAAUUUUACGCCUGUUUCGCUCUCCGGGGCGCCGGAAUUCGCUGACGUGAAGCCGCAUAUUGUGAACCCCCAGCUACUAAUCAGCCAGCACCAAGCUCAGCAUACUCCAAAUCCAGCUUUCUUUUUACCUCCGCCGGAGCACCACCUUCCGCUGCCAGCCAAGAGGCACCAUCCUGGAGGUCCCGACAAUAAUCUAUCAAUCCGAAGAGGGCCGUUUUCAGUCCCAACAUUGCCUCAGGGUCUCUCCCAGCAGAUUCCGUUGCCGCCUCCUUUUCUGAAGCCGAAAGUGGCGGCAGAAGAGGCGGCACACCACCUUCCACCGCAGCAGGCUGUGGUCGACCAGCUGUUUAAGGCGGCGGAGCAGAUCCAAACUGGGAACUUUCCACUCGCGCAAGGGAUAUUGGCGCGGCUCAAUCACCAGCUCGCUCUGAUCGCAAAACCCUUUUACAGGUCUGCUUUUUUCUGCAUUGAAGCUCUGCAAAAACUCAUCCACCAUCAACAGACCACCGCAGGGACUUCGCCGUUCAACCUCGUACUGAAAAUUGGUGCUUACAAGUCCUUCUCCGAGGUCUCCCCCAUCCUCCAAUUCGCCAAUUUUACUUGCAACCAAGCCAUUCUUGAAUCCCUCGAAGGCUUUGAUCGAAUCCAUAUUAUCGAUUUUGACAUCGGCUAUGGUGGACAGUGGGCUUCCCUGAUGCAGGAGCUCGCCGUGAGACCAGCCGGAGUUGCCUCGCUGAGAAUCACUGCUGUCGCCUCUCCAACUCACGAGCAGCUCGAGCUCGGCCUCGCCGGCGAGAACCUCAACCAUUUCGCCGGCGAAAUCAACAUCCCACUUGAAUUCCAAAUCCUCUGCCUCGAUUCGUUAAACUCUCUCCCUCUCCACAUCAAAAAUAACGAAGCAGUUGCAGUAAAUCUCCCAAUAGGUUCAUUCUACGAACUCUCCAUCCCAGUAAUUCUCCGAUUUGUGAAGCAGAUUUCCCCGAAAAUUGUGGUCGCCGUCGACAGAGGCUGUGACAGAACAGAUUUGCCAUUGGCAAACCACGUGAUUCACGCCCUGCAAUCUUAUUCAAACCUGCUGGAAUCCCUCGACGCUACAAAUUUAAACCCAGAUGAAAUGAGGAAGAUCGAGAGGUUCCUGAUUCAGCCGGGGAUUGAAAAAACCGUCGCGGGCCGGUUUCGGUCGCCAGAGAAGACGCCGCACUGGAGGGCUCUGUUUUUAUCUUCUGGGUUUUGUCCUUUUACGUUCAGCAACUUCACCGAAUCUCAGGCAGAUUGCCUGGUGAAGAGGACGCCGGCGAGGGGGUUCCACGUGGAGAAGAGGCAGACCUUACUGGUGCUGUGCUGGCAGAGGAAGGAGCUUAUUUCAGCUUCUGCUUGGAAGUGCUGA